AAGCAGAUGCCAAAAAUAGACAUCAUUCCGCCAGGAAAUUCGUGUGUCCGCCGAAUAACACACAGUGAAAUCUGCACUUUCUCAAGCGAAAUAUCCACUUUUUAACAAAACAAAAACCACUUGGGAGACUAUAACGUAAAUCCCAAAGACAGUACAGUAGGCUAGCUGUCGUCAGGAGGAUGGGGAACACCACCACAAGCCCCAGCACCAGAACAGUCGGAGACAGUAGUGACAGUGACACUAAUACUACUGCUAAUAUCAACUGUGCAACCGACGCGGUAAAGAGUGAUGAACCAAGAGAGGACUGGUCAGUUCUCAAAGCUGACAUAGCACGCCUAAACCAAGGAGACAGAGAAAUGGAAAUUUGCUUUGGCGACAGUCCCGAGUUGGAUCUGGGUCGUCACUUUAAGCGAUGCCGCAAAAAUCCAGGGCACAAGGACUUCAUCAGUGUAAAGGAUGUUUCCUUGCAACACAUCCCUGAACCCUGGAGACACCCCAAUGUGCUGAGAGCGGUUCAGCUGUUGUCAGCUUUCACUGUCAGACUUGUGGUCAGAUAUACUAGCAUGAAGCGCCCUAAUGAAUUUGGCUCUCCUAACCUCAAGGGGACAAAGGUCAUGCGACUGGGUAGUGGUUUCUUUGACAUCGGUGCCUUGGAGAGGGACCGCCAGAAUCAACCCUGCCCCCUCAAAAACUGCCCUCUGUCUAGCGACCCCGACCACGAGGUCAGUCCCUUUUUCUACAUCCAGACAGCGGCCCACGUGGUGUUCGACGACCAGGAAGCCCGCCACACGACCGUCGAGUUUUUCUACGACUCCGAAGAUGACAAACAAACCAGCGUAGUCCGCUGCCAGGGAGUAACGGUGGCCGGGGGCACGCUCAGCGAUGACCACAGUCAGCUCAAGUGUUUCACGCACGACCUCACCUUGCUCACACGACUCGAAUCUCUGCUGGACCUGGCACAGCCAGAGCCCAACAUUCUGCCAAAGAAGAGCUCUCUGUGCUUGGUCAUUUCCCACCCUCACGGAUGCAGCAAGCACAUUUCAUUUGGAGUCCUGCUCGACUUGAGAGAGCUGAACCAGCUGACGGAUAACCUCAUUCUGGAGGGCUGCCAGAAGAUCUAUGAGGACAGAGAUUAUCUAAAAACCAUUGGCUUAACUGAUGCCGACAUCGACAGAAUACGUUUACUCAUGGACAUGAAUGGGGGGACCACUACAUUCCAGGCAAUGAAGGCCAAUGGGGUUGAGCAAACUCUUAAUCAGUUUCCGAAUGCAAGUGAAUUAAAGGAAUGCAUUGACCUUCUGCGGGCAUCUCCUGCCAAUCCUGGCAGUGGAAUAGCCCAGUUUACAGAGAGCAUCAUGGACUACUUCAAGGCACACCAAGACGAGAGAGCUGCGGCGGGCUUUCAAGAACUGAUGAACAUUACCAAGUCAGUGUGGGGCAAAAACCGGGGACAGAUGAUGUGGACGAUCAAGUACAGUGCGGCCACCUGCCCAGGCAGCUCAGGGGCCCCUGUGUUUGUCCUCGACACACGCUCGGCCACAUGUCGGAUACUGGGCGGCCCGCACAGUCGUUGUGGGAGGGAUGGCCGGAACCAGAGUGGGCUCAGUACAAGCAUGCCCUUCCAAAUUCUCUGACAGUUCAGGCUUGCUACUAACAUACAUAACAAUAGCAAAUAGCAUUUGUAUAGCGCACAUCCCCGCCGACAGUAAGCUCAAUGCGUUUUACACUAUAAUAUUACCUCA